CCCAUCUUACCUUUGUUCUUCUGUUAUCCUGACCAGAUUCUAGGCAGAGGGUUCCGUCAAGUCCAAUCAACAGCUCCUCGACGAUUUAGCGCUUGGACUGGGCUUGAGCGACAGCCAGAAAGGCAUGGUACAGGCACAAAUCGUAUACCGCGAUGCUCUAGGUGAUGAUACACGACCCGCCAGUGUGCUUCUCGGUGGGGAUAUGGGAGGAAAGGUAUCAGGUGGCCGUCUAGCCCGUGACCACACUCUCGCCGACGUACCCAACCAUUUCUGCCGUGAUCAAAUCAUGGGCUACAUAAACCAGAUGGAGGACGAAGACGGGAAAAAGGAUGUUGCACGCGCAGCCGUCUUCUCAGACCUCAACCCUGGAGAGAAAUUGGCAUACUCUGCAGCCAUAGCCCAAAAGACCGAGGAGAUGCGCCAAAAAGAGAAGGAAGAAGAGAACCGGCUUGAUGAGAUCAUGGACACUCACAAGCCGAAGCCGAAAUCAAUACUGGAAGCACAGAACAUCCUGGAGCAAGAAACCCUACUUGACGACAUCUCGGAUGAUGACCUUGACUUGGCUCAACGAGGCUCCAACGGACAUAUCGACUACGAUAUGGAAGGCGUAUAUAAGUCGGUGGUAAAACCGGGGGCAGAGAGGCUCCCCAACGAAGAAACCCGGCGCUCAUUCAUCAUAGAGCUAGACUGCGAUCAGCUACGUGCAUGCAUAAAACGCUUCACGCGUGGUGGUAUCUGGUCAGUCGAUCAAUUCAGACUCGCACUGGGUGGGGUACCAAGACCCGAAUUAACAAAGUUUCUGAAUAGGAAGGGUAGACGUGACGGAGCAAAAAUGAGGAUGUUUGCAUUGAGUUGGGAGUUCUUCAAGAAGAGAGAGAUGAUGGGACUGGAUAUGGUCAAGAGCUCGGAAGAUGAUAUCAAGCAGAUUGAAGAAAGAGGAAAGAAACGUCAAAAUCCUGCAGCUGGUGAUGGUAAUCCAACUACUGGCAAGAAGGCGAGGCCAGUGGAUCUAACAGCUGAUGAGAGCGACCUAGAAUCAAAGUCAGCAUAGUGUACCAUGUAAUCACUGUAUAUAUCCUGCGCCAAAGAAUGGAGGUUGCACGAAGGGGCGUCCGGCGCUUACGCUGCUUCAAGCGCGCGCGUAUUGCCUACCUACCUUCUCGAUGCAGACGGCUCCAAAGACGGUGUCUGACAAAUCUUUCUCUAGUCGAAAAGAGCAGUCGUGGUCCUCGAAUUUUAGUUUUGGAACCUUCUUGCUUGAUUUAGUUUUUGCUCUAUAUACCUUGUUGUUGUUGUACAAGAAACCAGUCAAACGAGUCAGGACGAGUACUAUCGAACAUGUAUCGAUCAACGAAAGCUCUUCUCCAGCUGUUGUGCAUUGCUUUUCUCUCUCCGGCUGGCAUAGCGUAUGAGUUGGAUGUCGGGGUUGG